ACGAAAAUUGCAACUUCGGGAGAAGCUUCUGGCACGACUGGGGCUCUACAGUGGUCCUAGGUGUCGUCGUUCUGGCGUUGAACGUGUGUGCGAUUGGGGUGCUGCUGCAUGCCAGAAGGUCGUCGCAUCCGACGGAGCCAGAGCAACCAGACCGAUGCAAUCUCCAUGGCAUUGGGAUUCCUGUUGGUGGCGGCAGUGGUCACGGCAUGCGUGCCCCUGGUGUCAUCGGUGAUAUACGUCCCCUAUAUCAUGGAAGAUGCCUGCGACGGCCUGCCACGCACGAUCCAGCUUCCGCCUACCGGUCCCGGAUCGGCCAUCAUCAUGCGUUCCCACCAGGGGGCGCACUACAAGUCGGGCCUCACGUGCAACUUCAUCGUCAAGACGUCAAACGACUACCGCAUAGCGGUCGUCUUCGAGACGCUCCAGUUCCCGGGGACCGAUGGGAACUGCUCCGACUCUUUGCUGCUGUCGAACGUUGAAGACCCCGCUGGGCCAAUAUGCUCUUCGGCAGUCAAGGAAGUGAUCAGCAAGGGCAAUGUCAUGAACGUCACCUGGAGCACCGGGGGCGGAGCUCCGGCGUCUGGCACUGAUGGCUUCGAAGCAGUCGUAACGGCUUACAAACCCGGAAAUAAGUUCUGCGGUUUCAGCGAGUUCAGGUGCGCCAAUCAGCGUUGCGUCGCCGAUAACUUCGCAUGCGACGGCCACAACAACUGCGGCGAUAACAGCGACGAAAAAUGCACCUUCGCAAGGACCGUGUGGCACGAUUGGGGCUACCUUCUGUUCCUAGGAGCCGGAAUCGUGGCCAUAAACCUUUGUUUGAUUGUACCAAUGCUGGUCCGCAGGGCUGCGGCCAAUUCGUCGGACUCUCAGCUGCAGCAGCCGCCGACCUGCGUCGUUCAGCAACCAGACGGCACGUAUCAGACGGCAAACAUGAACGCCAUGCCUCCAUCUCCUUAUCCCGGCGUGGGUCCCGCACCCGACGGCUCGCAGCCGCAGCCUCAAACGAUGAGAGACUUCCCGGGCGCCACGGGGAUACCCGUCAACCUGGAGACGGGACGCCAGAUGCGCUAUCAAGCGCCGCCGGCCGAGCUCGCCAACGUUGACUAUCCGCGGAGCUCUACCGUCAACCCGAUCGUCAUGAGCAUGCCGGACACCUCAGCGCCUUCGCUGCCGGAUGCGUUCGGCGAGGCACAGCCGAACUUCACCAGCGCCGUACCUAACCAGCAACAGGAUCCGCCACCGGGAUAUGCUGGCCUCCAACAGCCGUUCCGCACCGCUAACGCGCAGAUGCCACCGAGGCAGAGGAUGCCCCUGUUCCAGCACAGUCACCCGCCGUUGAGCCUUUACGACCAGCCGGACCCGUUGCGUCCCUUCCAGUUCUUCGGCAUGGGCGGCGGACCUUUCGGGCCAAGCCCCUUCGGCGGAGGUCCCAUCAACCUCGGCGGCCCAAUGGGGAUGCCGUUCGGCGGACCCGUGGGGCCCUUUCCUCCUAGGAUGCCGACGCUCAUCAUCAUUGAGACUGGAGACGACGACUCGCAGUCGCAGGAUCCGCUGUUUAUGCCUGACCUUCAUGGCGGUCUCUUACCGUCCACCACUAGUUCCUCGAACCAGGACGCGGUGUUCCCGACGCUCCUGCUUCAACGAAGACAGCAGCAAAUGCAGCAGCAGCAGCAGCAGCGGGCUGAAGAGGAAGAACAGAGGGCCGCUAGGCGGCGUCCUAAGCACCGUCGCGGAACAGGGGGCACCGCAAGUCUUCCUACUCCCACUGCUGACAAUGAGUUCCACGAUGCUCUUCAGGAAAAUAAGGAUGACAAGAACGAAUCGAAUAGGCAGCAUCGUCAUGCAGGCAAGGCUUCACCGAGGGUUCCUCCAUCUACGGGUGCCAUCGCACAACCCGGACCACCAGCGAAGCCGGAAAACAAAGACGCGGACAAGGAGGCCGCCGCCAAGGACAACGAGAAAACUGUCAUGCGCCUCGACCGCAUCGAGACGUUUUCGACUGCGGCGGCUGCUUUGCAGAAGAUGGGACUGUUCGGGCGGCCCAUAAGCGCUCCUUCGGGCAAGGACUGCAUCGCGCCCAACUCCCUGGCAGUAAGGCGCGCCAAGUCCCAGUGGGACGCCCCGUUGGAGUCGAACCACGAGCAGAACAAGAUCAUCUACGACCUGCCUUCAGUUUCCACGUACGAGUACGCCAGCGUGUGGUCUAACACGACCUCGACGUGCAGCGAUUCGACGAUGACGACCACGGAGACCGACGGGAGCCAAGGGACGUCCACGCAGACGCAGACGGCUGGCGACGACAGCGACGUGAACUACUUGAGGCCCACCGUUUCACUGGAAAAUGUUACCGUGCUCGACAACUCCCAGCAGCGCGACAGAGAACUACGAGGAUGGAGGGCACCGAACAAAUGGGACUAAUCGUUGCGCGUACAUUGCUAGCAUCCCAUGGAUCAUUCGUUCGAACUGUGCUUAAGAACGCUAUGCCUCAAAUAAUAGUUCAGAUAAACGCCAUCCUAACCGAGAUGACACCUAAUCCGCGAACACGAACUUUGGCGAAAAGCUUCGUCGUUUCUACCGAUCAAUCACUGUUUAGAGCUUUUCGAUGUACAGGACGGCAGAAAGCGUAUUAGGUACUGUUGCCACGCGACUGCACGUCGGCGUUUGCAGAGUAACGCUCGAACAAGCUAGUACAGUACUUCGUGGUCGUACACAAGCUAACGAGACCUAAGGAAUGCGCGUAGCCGACAAUAAAUU